UACGAGCGUCACGCUAUAUAAAGGAGCGUACACCCUCGCUUUCGCCUCUCAAAUCCUCAAUCGUAGCGUCGGCGCAGGCUUGAUACAGGGUCAGGCCUGAGUUCAAUCAUGGCACUGAACAAUAACGUAGGAAACCACGUUAUCACCAACGGGGAAGCUGUGCACGACGUUCACGACAACGAAGAACUCAGCGAUGAUUCAUUGGAGACAUUUCUGUUCAGUUCGGAGUCGGUCGGCGAGGGACAUGCCGACAAAAUGUGUGACCAGAUCAGUGACGCCAUCCUUGACGCACAUCUUAAGCAAGAUCCCAAUGCCAAAGUAGCAUGCGAAACUGCCACUAAAACUGGAAUGAUUAUGUUGUUUGGGGAGAUCACGUCAAACGCCGUGGUGGACUAUCAGCGGGUGGCAAGAGACGCAGUGAAGAAAAUCGGCUACGACUGCAGCACCAAAGGAUUUGACUACAGGACGUGCAACGUGCUCGUAGCCAUAGAGCAACAGAGUCCAGAGAUCGCCGCCGGAGUGCACCAGCUGAGGCGAGAGGAAGACAUCGGAGCCGGAGAUCAGGGCCUGAUGUUUGGCUAUGCCACGGACGAGACCGAGGAGUGCAUGCCCCUCACGGUGGUGCUUGCCCACAAGCUGAACAGGCAGCUGGCAGAUCUGCGCAGAGAUGGCACAUUCCCCUGGGCGGGCCCCGACUCCAAAACUCAGGUGACGUGCGAGUACUACUUUGACCACGGCAAGGCGGUGCCUAUCCGGGUGCACACGGUGGUGGUGUCGACCCAGCACUCUGAGGACAUCUCCCUGGAGGACCUCCGCCGGGAGGUCAUGGAGAAGGUCAUCAAGGCCGUCAUCCCCGCAAAGUACCUGGACCGACGAACAGUGUACCACAUCAACCCCUGUGGGAAGUUUGUCCAGGCAGGACCCAUGGGAGACGCGGGCCUGACGGGGCGCAAGAUCAUUGUGGACACGUACGGCGGCUGGGGGGCCCACGGGGGUGGCGCCUUCUCAGGCAAGGACCCGACCAAGGUGGACCGGUCUGCCGCAUACGCCGCCCGCUGGGUCGCCAAGUCCCUCGUCAAGGGUGGCAUCUGCAAGCGCUGCCUCGUCCAGGUCUCGUACGCCAUCGGCAUAGCAGAGCCCCUGUCCAUCACGGUGCUGCCUUACGGCACUUCGAAGUACUCUCAGAAGGAACUCCUCAACAUAGUCAAGAAAAACUUUGAUCUGCGACCAGGAGUCAUCAUCCGGGACUUGUGCCUCAAGAACCCAAUCUACCAGAGCACGAGUGCUUACGGACACUUCGGACGUAAAGAAUUCCCGUGGGAAGUCCCCAAGCCAUUGGUUCUUUAACGUUGUUUUCUCCUUCAUACGUGUACAUUGUGGGUGUGGCAGCCACGCUGCGCGCCGUGACGGCACGGCAUCCAUUGACACAAUGAAAUUGCAAAUUGAAACGACGUCCGCACGUUUUCCAAAGGAUGGCUGGCCCUCCCCCCUCCCUUUCUUCCCCUUUUCUUUCAAUCCAAGCUCCAUAAACAGGCAGAUGUGUGUGGGUAUUGGCCAGAUUUUGAAAUGAAUUGUGCACGGUUGUGAAUGACUCUGCCACAUGUAACCAAGACUAAACGUUUUCAACAGAUUACAUAAUUUUGCAUUGAGGAUUCUGCUACCCGCUCUGCCACAACUGCCCUUUGGCCGAAGUGUGACAACCCUUUGUUCGAAGUGGGACAGCCUUUCGGCCGAAGUGUGACAGCAGCUGGUUUGGUGGAUUUGACUUGGGGUUUCCCCGGGAGUCUUUUUCCAUGUGAUCCUUUAUAGAAAUUUUGUUUAUUUGCGAGUGUCUCGUUAUAUAUAUAGGUUGAACUCUGUACUUGCACGUGUGGGGGUGUUCUGAGCUUGCCAUUAAUUAUUGAAAUUGGCAUUCCUACAAUAUUGUGUAAUGGAAGAUGGGACUUGAGCUAGUUUGGUUUUCUGGUCAGUAUUUAAACUUCACAAGUUGCUUUUAACCUGUUUUGUUUAAAAAAAAAUAUAAGGCAGUGUGCGACGCUUUGGCCACCUUGGCGGUUAUUAGUCCUUGCCUUUGCUUGAAUUUUUUUUUCUCCACGGAUCAUUUCAUUGUUUUUUUAUGAAAUUACAAUCUUAUUUUAAAUGCUGAGUUCUCCCGUUAAUAAAACAAUUUCUGGGGAAA